GGUGGUGGAUCCGGUGGUGGCUUUUCCUUCGGCUCUUCUGCUGGAUAUGGAGGGGCUGAAUCCAGCAGCUUUGGUAGCUUCUCUGGAAAUGACAAGCAGACCAUGCAAAACCUCAAUGACCGCCUGGCAUCCUACCUAGAAAAAGUCAGGGCCCUGGAAGAAGCCAAUACUGAGCUGGAGAUCAAGAUCCGUGACUGGUAUGAAAAGCAAGUUGGCUCUGGAGUUGGCGUUGGAGGCAAAGAUUACAGCAAAUAUUUUGAGGUCAUCGAAGACUUGAGGAGCAAGAUCCUGUCUGCCACCAUUCAGAACUCUCGAAUUGUUCUGGAAAUUGACAAUGCCAGACUGGCAGCUGACGACUUCAGAUUAAAGUAUGAGAAUGAGGUAGCUCUCCGCCAGAGCGUGGAAUCUGAUAUCAAUGGCCUCCGCAAAGUCUUAGAUGAGCUUCUAAUGUCCAGAGGAGACUUUGAAAUUCAGAUUGAGAGUUUGCUUGAAGAGUUGGCGUAUCUGAGGCAGAAUCAUGAGGAGGAGUCACAAGUUGCUAAAGGCAGUGCUGCUGGCCAGGUCAGUGUAGAGAUGGAUGCUCCCCCGGGAAUUGAUCUCACUAAGAUUCUGAAUGACAUGAGAGGCGACUAUGAAGCUUUGGCUGACAAGAACCGUAAAGAUGCUGAGGCUUGGUUUGCACAAAAGAGUGGUGAAUUGAAGAAGGAAAUUUCAGUCGGUGUGGAACAGGUGCAGUCAACCAAGGGCGAAAUCUCCGACCUCAGACGUUCCCUGCAAGGCUUAGAGCUUGAGCUUCAGUCUCUUCUGGCAAUGAAAAAAUCUCUUGAAGACACCCUUGCUGACAUAGAUGGCCGCUUUGGUGCUCAGCUCCAGCAGCUCCAGCAAGUCAUCAGUGGGCUAGAGGAGCAGUUCAUGCAGAUCAGAUCAGACAUGGAACGCCAGAGCACAGAAUACAGGGAACUGCUCGAUAUCAAGACCAGACUGGAGAUGGAGAUUGAAACGUAUCGCCGUCUGCUGGAGGGAGAAAUAGAUCAGUUCUCUUCUCAGAGCUCAUCCAUAGUGACUGAAUCCAGAUCUUCCUCAUCAACAGCAACUAAAACCAGAAAGGUGAAGACCAUUAUUGAGGAAGUGGUUGAUGGAAAAGUUGUGUCCUCAACAGUUCAGGAGAUUGAAGAAAAUAUGAACUAA